GACAGGCCUGGCGAAUGCUCUGCUUUCAGCACAGGUUGGUGCCUCCACAAAGCUUCGCAGCGCUGGAUUCAAGCAGAAGGUGACCCACCGCCUGGCCAUUGGCUUGGCAGGCCCUUACUGGGGCACUCAAGACAAGUACGCUUUGACAGUGGCCGACUUCACCCCCCACACUGACGCCGAGCUGGACGCUUUCGCGCAGGAGCUUCGUUCCAACAAGCCGGGCAACGAUCAGAGGCCGCAGCCGCCGACCAAAAUCGAGGACUUCGAGGCGAGAGCACGUCGUCAGAACGAAGUUUGGUCUUUGGUGUGUGGGGCUGAAUGGAAGCCGGUUCGCACCCAUGCUUUGGACCUGUUGCUCGAGUGGCAUCAGGCAGAGCCACACAAGUGGCCCCUUACGGUCGUGGCCGAGAUCUGGGAGGAGCUCCACUGGCGUUUCUUUGAGGAGUUGAAGGAGAUCCUUCGUCAGCUAAAGAGGGAGGCCAAUCGUGAGACUAUGUCCCUCCCCGACAUUAAGUUCUAUGCCCUCUUGCCCAAUGCAUCCGGACAGGCAUGGCUGGAACUUCCUCGCACCUUUGACAUCAAGAACCCCAACGGCUGGUUCAUGACGGAGGUGCUUCCUCGCAUCGAACGACGACAGGCCCGCAUGUUGUGGAGGCUGACAUGGGAGGGAUCGAGGGCGUCGAAACCUCAAGGUCAAGCACACGCAGGGGGAGACCGUCCGGAUCAUGGCGACCGCCCUAGUCUGAAGAACCUGUGGGGGCCCAAGUUGACAACGGCGGAGGUGAACACCGCUAAGGAACGUGCACCUCUGGACAAGGAUGGUGUGCUCUUGUGUUGGGGCAACUUGACUCAUAUGGGGUGCGCCAAUCAGGCCUGUCAACGCUCGCAUGCCGCUUUGCAGGGGAAGUUCGAGGCUCUGGACCCUUGUGCGCAGAUGCAGCUUCUUCGACGUGGAGGAAUAAAGCGAGUCAAGGCCGAGACCAAGGAGACCACCGCCGCCAAGAUCAAGUCGUUGACGUGCAGGACUUCCAAGGAGAAGAUCAAGGGCCCGGACGUGGCUUGGUUGGUCAACGGGGAUGGCGGCACGAAGGUGGUGGAGGAUGCUUCCGGUUGGAAACGGGCCUCUGACGACCUCUACGCGUGGGCUGCGGCGCGGCUUGCGCGCAAUGCCAACCUCACCUUUGAGGAGGUGCUGGACGAGAUGGCAACGUACGGCCUGGGCGACUUAGCGGCGGAGGCCACUGCGAUUCUGGAAGGCGCUUUGGGACAACGGGCGGGUUCUUCAGGAAACCUCCAAGUGCACGAGACAGUGUGGACGCCAGGCCGGCCGGGCAAAGGUUGUGUUGUCAUUGACGGGCUGCGGUGGACCAUGUGGGACUACCGGGAGGAGAUACACAUGACGGACGAGCUGGCGAGCCUGCUUCGGCAACCGGAUGAAGGGAUUGAGAAGCGACAGUGUGUCACCAAGGCCAUUGCGGCGGGGGUCCUUUGGAGAAGUUGGGCGCGGCAACCUUCGUUGGAGGAAGUCGACUUGAAGGCCCAAGCGAUCCGUUUGGAGCAGGUCCGACAGGCCCUGGAUGCGGUGGCUGUGAUGGGUACGGCUCAGAUGCGUGUGGCUCCUAUCGAGGCCGAGAUCCGGGUCUAUGCCCAUGACAUUGCGCACGUGAACCAUGACAAGGACUUUCGGCCCCAUGCUGUUUUCCCUGUGGAGGACUUGGAGGAGUGCCGUUUGGUGGUGAUCCGGGCGGACUACCGAGGCGAGGUCGUCAUUGAGAUGGUCACGGGCACAAUGUGGCAAGAAGGUGGGUGGCUUCUUUGGACAUUCAUUUGGAAGGGUCACAUGGUCUUGCUCGAGCCACCCGGCGACUUGGAUGUGGAGACUUUCCUUUUCAUUGGAAAAGACAAGUCCAGGUACACUCUGCUGCCGCUUGUGUCGCCCCAGCCGCAAGGCCGGGGAGGCCGAAAUCACGAUGGCGGCCCGGAAGGACACAAACUUGGCAGCCGCGGCCAUUGUUGGUUGCAUUCGUGCCGGUGCCUCUUUGCCCGCAAGAAUCUUCCAGCGCGGGGGCUCUUCCUUUGCUUUCAGGAGGUCUUCGCGGGUUCAGGUGCGAUGACUCGUGGCUGGCAGCAAGCGGGCUUCAAAUGCAUGGAGCCGGUGGAGGUUUUCGAUGAUCCUCAUCUCCGACAGGGCUAUCGCCAGGCCUUCGACCUCACCAUCCCCGACGCGCAAAAGAGGCUCUUGUACGCGGCCCGCGGGGGACCAGCAAACGUUUGGUGGAUAGCCGCCCCGUGUACCAGUUUUUGUGACUGGUCGUUACAAAACAAUGGCACCCGUUCCUUUGAGCACGUUCAGGGUGGCACCGGCGGCUUGCCUUUGAAGCCCGUUGAGGAGGUUGGCAAUGCGUUGGGUGGUGCGGCUGCGGAGCUUUUCCUGUCGGUCUUGGAAACUGGUGGUUUCCCUCUGGCGGAAUCUACGGCAAAAUCGGCCCGGUAUCCGAAGAUGCGGGACCUUCCCAAGUGGCAGGCGGUGCUGGCUCGCCCAGAUGUGGACUCCGUCGAGUUCCCCAUGUGUGCCUUUGGCCUUGGUCCUCCUGGUGAAGAUCACGUCUUCUACCACCACAAGACAAGGCCACUCGAUGUACGGAGGCCGGCGUACGCGGAGGACUUCGUCAGGACUAUUGUGGAGGUGCUCUCCACGGUCUUGGCACCAAGCGGGCCCAAGGAGGUGGAUGGGCAAGGCGCGUCUGGUUUUGCGCCACAGUGUGGUUUCGAGCACAAGGUUGUGAGUACAAAUCAGGGCGUCCCGAGCAGCAUCCCCCUCCGUGACAACAACUACCAGCACGGCAACUGGCAUGAGGCUGUCCAAGACACGUAUGGUGGAUACAAUUCCCAGCAAUGCAGCAACUCCCAGCAGCGCGGCAUAGCUUGCAGGGGCCAAGGCACCGAUGACAAUGGCAAGCAGGGCGGCUAUGCGAACGGCGACUACCAGCACAACAACCAGCGCGGCGAUGUCCAGGGCGGCUAUGCGAACGGCGACUACCAGCACGACAACCAGCGUGGCGAUGUCCAGGGCGGCUACGCGUACGGCGACUACCAGCACGACAACCAGCACGGCGAUGUCCAAGUCCAAGGCACGUACAGUGGGCACAAUUCUCAGCAGCGCAGCAUCAACAGCGUGAGUGAUGGAGGCGGCUUUCAGCACGGCAACGUCAGGAACACGCAGGGCGGCGGUGACUCCCAUGGAUGCGGCUUCCACCACGGCAACGGCAGGAACACGCAGGGCAUCGGCGACUCCCAGAUCGAGGGUGACGGCCGCGUGUCAGGCGGGGGUAGACAACAGGCCGAGUGCGAAAGGUUCUGCCAGUUUCAGCAGGGGCCGGUUCAGAUGGAGUGCGGCAGGAGGCAUGUGAUCAUCGCGCGGGAGGUGGCGGUGGCCGAUAUGGAGCACAGGCUGAGGCACGUGAUCAUCGAGCUGGGGGACGACGACUACUACCUCAACUUUCUGGAGCACCAAGCGACUUGCGCAUGGGCCCUGCCUGGCGAGGGUACGCGCGCAGGCAGCUCGGAGGGCAUGUAUGAGGCCCCGACUGAGAGGGCGAAGCAAGCAGCAGUCGACUACGUUGCCGCGGCGGGGUCGGUCAGGGCCGCUGCAGAGAGCUUGUGGGCAGCAAGGGAGCAGGAAGGCCUCAACAACCUGAAGGGCGUGGAGGAUGAGUACUUGGAAGGCAAAGCUUCAUCCCAAUGCCAAGCGCAAUGUGACCAGCUCUACAAGCAAAUCUGGAAGGAUGCGCGCAAGCACAGAGUCCUUGUGGUCGACGCAUCCCAUGAGUUCCUGGGGGGCGUCAUCAGCAGCCCCUUCGAGGCGGUGGACAAGAUGAUGCCCGAUCGUUCGAUUGCCCCUGACAAGAGGAUUGCGCACGACCAAAGGGGCGUCAACGUGAUGACCGACAAGGAGCUGCACCCGCCGGCUGUUCAGCCAAAGCAUGCGAAGGUUGCCAGGAUGAUUCUUUGGAACAAGCGCAACGCUCCCGGCUUGGAGGUGGUCAUGUCCAAGAAGGAGGGCGACGAGUGCGAGGAGGCCAUCAAGGAGGGCAAGGAGCUGACGGUGAUCUACUUGGAGUUCCUCAGGGCACAUUCUCCAGCAGCACCGCGGAGGGACAUGUCCUGGGCCUUUGACAGCAAGAUCCUGGCGGAUGACAACGUGUUGGUGGAGCCCUAUGUGGGUUUGCGGCCCUGGGUGGCAGCAGAAAUUUACGAACGAGGUGUUCGCAUGAUGCUCGGCGAUGAGGCGGUCAACGCCGAAAAGGACCUGGCUGAGGGCCUCUUCAGGACGUAUCAGUGCGUGUGGGGCCUGGACAUGGACACCAUCACCGAGGAGAUCCACCUUCCAGAACGACGGAUCCUCAAGGGGGCAAACUUGCUAGCCGACAGCCAGUUUGACUACGGCAACAAGGACAUCACCGUUCGCGCGAUCCAGAAGUUUCGAGGCAUUACGACCGGAUGGACCGCGAUCGUGAACGGCCUCCGCAACGAACUGAAGGCGGCCGACCGCUUCCUUUGUAUGGAGAGAGAUGGGAGUGCUCGGGCGCGACCCAAGGUGGACAACGAGGAGGACGCCGAGGAGGUCGAGAGGGCAUGGCAGGACCUGUGGGAGCUCUUCGAGGCAACGCGGUGGUUGUGCGCAAGGCCCGAGACUUGGCCAAGCACUUUUGGCGGCGGGAUGCGCGAACUUCUUCCGGUACGCGAACGGCUUGCUCUACCCGGCGAAUGGCAGAAUGGGGCGGUCUUCGUUUCCUCGGAUGCGACAAAGACAAUGAUUGCCGCUAUCGACUGGACGAAUGGGCUGGUCAUGCGCAUGAAGGCGGGCCAGGCCGCGAAGUGGGUGCAGCAGUGUGGAGACGAUUCGGAGGUGGCCAUCCAGAUUGCCGAGAUGUUAUCCUUCCUGGCCUUUGCCUGCAAGGUUGGCGACCAAUGGCGUGGCAAGGUGGUGUUGUACGGGGGCGACAAUCAGGUGGUGAGGGCCUGGAUCGAGACUCGAAAGAGUGGGACGGCCAUUGGACGCCUUCUGGCGCGGACCUUGAACAUGGUCGAAAUGAGGUUCCGCUGCACCAUCCUCCCAGCGUGGUGGCGCACCUAUCAUAAUGCGCAUGCUGAUCUCCUGACGCGCUGCACUGAUCAAGAGUUUGCCGAGCUCGUCGCCAGGCGCAAGUGGCAUGUGGUCGACGUCGUUCCCGAGUUGGCCCAGGCGGUGAAGGAUUCGGAGCAGUUUGGACCCUGUCUUCUGGCGUGGGGCGAUGGCGACAGGUGCGAGAUGAUGCGCCUUAAGGAGCGCCGGCUACGUCGUCAAGUCCCAGCAUGGGGCAGGCCGUCGUGGGACAAGCUGGACUUUGUCGAGCUUUGUGGGCAAGAGAGGCGUGUGUGUGACUUUGUGGUGGCUGCUGAGGCCGCUGGGUGUAAGGCACGCAGGGCGGCUUGGAAGGGCCCAGUGGGCAGCAAUGAAAUUGUGAUGGCAUCCUUUCCGCCCGACCAACACGGCAAGGUGGCUGCGGUGGCUACAAACACGGUGCUCAACGGCGAGGCUCGCUUGGUUGUGUUUGAAGGCCCUCGUUGUGUUCUGUGGGAGGCGACGGCGACCUCUUUCACGCAGGCGGGCUGGAACGUGCAUGUGGGCGAGUUCGUGACCACCGAGUUUGGAUCCUUUGACACAGACCACGUCUAUAGGGGAACGUUGGCGCCACCAACGGGCGCGAAGCUGGAUGCAUCAAAGAACGUCUCCGAGCUCCUCUGGAAGUACCCGAUCAAGUUGGUCGUCGAUCCUGGCAUCCCACGAGCACCUUUGUUGCCCAUCAUCAAGGGGCAUUUUUGGCUUCAUGAUGGUCGCAAGAACCUGGCAAGUACGAGCGGUCCUUUACUUUGGCCGUUGAAGGUUGAGGGAAAGCCGGAGGUGGAGGUCUCCUUUGUUCACGAGAGCUUCGAGUCCUUGAAGGAGUCGGGGGUGAGUGACGGGGAGAUCCUGGUUGAGGGCGGCAAGGGCACUGGAGGUGAGACUGCAAUGGCUCUUGUCCUGACGGCUGGCUAUGUGGCAGCUUCGGGUGAUCGAGGAGUGGCUGGCGGUCGCAGAAACGGCGAGGCCGGCUCCGAUAGCGAGGACGAGGAUGGCGACGGACGAGCUGGAGGGCGUAAGGCCAAACGCGGCGGCGAGCGAACCACCGUGGACGAGGCUUUGGGCAACGCCGCCAUGACAGACCAGGUUGCGCCGCGUCAGCCUUUCAGUGGGGGCAUUGGCGUUCUCGUGGAGGAGUGGAUCGAGGAGAACCUUUGUGGGUACCUCGCCGACAGCACCACGAAGCAGUACGCCGGCGUCUACGGGAAGUGGCGUGCGUGGGCAAAACGACAAGGGUGGCACACGGAGUUCCUCGACAAGGCCUUUCCCGCGGAGGACAACGAGGAGAAGCUGCUGGGGUUCCUUGGGUACCUUGGUUGGUUGGGGAGCUCAGCUGCUACCUUGAAGCAGGCCGUGUUUGCCAUCAAGGAUGGGCACAAGAGGUUCGGCAAGGGUGACCCCACCGAGCGCAUGUGGCGGCUGUGGAUGCUGUUGAGUGCGCUGGAGAAACGGUCCCCAAAGAAAGCGCGUAGGCUUGGAGUGACGCCGGAGAUGCUCAAGUGGAUUAAAGGUUUUCUGCAUGACGACCGCAGUGACGGAGGUGCCGGGCUCGACUGCGCCAUGCUCUACGCGGCCCUGACCACCGCUUGGUUCUUCAUGCUUCGUGCCAAGGAGUAUUGCAACUCAGGCGGCGUGGACUUUAUGAUCACCCGCGGUUGUGACAUCAAGUUCGUCCUGGAUGCGGAGGGCAAGAAUGUGAUCGGGGUGACGCUUCAGUUCAGGAAGACUAAAACCGAUCAGGAGGCCUUCGGCAGUUGCAAGACUAUGUACUUGUCGGGUGUCGAGGACCUGUGCGUGGUCUCCGCUUUGUACACAAACAACGGCCAGGUCCUGAAACGUGAACAAGUUCAGAAUGUGCUCCAGAAGGCGGCGAAGGCAUGUGGAUUGCCUUCGGAGCACUUUAUGUCGCAUUCGCUCCGCAUUGGGGGCGCUUCAGCGCUUUUCCAAUCCACCGGUGAGAUCGAGCUUGUGAAGAGAACCGGCAGGUGGAGCUCUUCGGCCGUUCAGCGCUACCUCCAUGACGGGGAGAUCGCCCUGAAGGAGACUGCGUCUAAGAUGGCUAAAGUGGAGCAGCGGGUUCAUUACACAUAG